GUGGCAAAAGCCAGGAAUAGUUUAUCCUGAGCACUUGGUUCUGUGUUCAGAGAAGUAUCCUGGUGUAGGAAACCUCAUAAGCAUAUGCCUAACGUGGAACACCAGUUUGCUUCCAUUUCAGUCAACGGAAAGAAAGUCAGUAAAUGCUUAAAGUUCAAGAAAUGUGUAGUGCUGGAAUUUGUACUUCCAGUUGCAGAAUACAGGUGUCGCUCUUUUUUUUCCCCUUCUGUAUCUAGUGUCAUUUGGUUAAUAUAUUGUGAAGUGACUUGUUUUAUAAAUGCCUACAUAAUACUUCAAGAUCUAGGAGCAGUCUUUGUAUUUUGCAAUACUCAUGGUCCUGCUAACAGCCAGUAUCCUGCCUCUUCAGUGUGCUUUUUUUAUAUCAAACGUCUUGUGCAGGUUUCUCAUCUGCCAAACCAUCAGAAGCCACACGUGUGUGCCAGGGAGCUGGCCUGCCCAAUGCUGUUGGUGGCCUGCGCGGAGUACGUGCUUUAUUGCUUGUACCGCACACAGACCUUCUUCACCCCCUGGUGCUGUUGCUGCGAGCUACCCCGGGAAGCUCGGGAAAGGCCCCGGGAGCUCUCCCGCUCCCGGCGCCCUGAUGGGAUCCAUCUGUCCCGCGCCUGGCGCAGGAUGCGCCGCCUGCUCUCCUCCUUCCUUCCGUUCUGCCCCGAAAGCGGCUCCGCGCCGGGAGGAGCGCAGAGCUCGGAGUGUUUUAAAUAAAAAAUAAACUGUA